AGAUGCGUUUGGUUCCACUGGUCUGUUUGAUCGAGAAGAGACUGUGAUUGUUUCGGUAGGCCUAUCUAACAGGUAUUUACCGGGAACGGUUUGGCUGCACUCAGCAUCUCCCCUCACAACGCGGUGAUUGUUAUCAGAUGACAAGGAGAAAAGCGAUGAGUAGCCACAACACCGACCAGAAGAUGUGUGUAAGGUCACUGGAAAGAAAAGGGUGAUGACGGGACAGUGAGGGACACACUCACAGUGCUCAACCCACAAGCCCCGCUGAUAGAGACAAAAAAAGAGGGGGAGAUGCUCUGAUAGUCUCUCUCUGUUUACGGUGUGUGACAGUGUAUGACCAUAUUCUCCCUCUCUCUCUCUGAGGGGAACAGGCACUAACGAAGACACCGAUAUGGUUCUCACACUGCACCCCUCAUUUCUCUAACACACACACACACACACCAUUGAAGGAAGACAGUGGAGGAGGAACGAGGAGAGACAGAGACGAGAAGAUAGAAGACUAACAUUGGGAACACUUGGACCUCUAUAAGGAGCCAGCUCCCUCACUUGACUGGCAGACAGAGGAACACCUAUGGAGGGUGUAGGGUGCUACUAACGGGGCUAAGAAGACUGUAGGGUACUAGAAAGGGCCCUAAGAAGACUUAAGGGUGCUCUCAAGGAUGUUUGCACCAUGAGUUGUAGAGUAGUUCGUGCUGCCCAGCUCUAGCCUUUGUGUCUGCGUGUGUGUGCGUUGUGUGUAUGUGUUUGCGCGUGUGUGUGAUGGCGGUGUGUGUGUGGGCCGCGGCCCCCCUGCUGUGUGUCUGGCUGUGCCUCUGUAGCCUUGGGGGAUCCAGAGGGGAGGUGCUAGAGUUUGGGGGGGUGUCGGGACAGUGGGGACGGUUCCCGGUGUGGAACGCGUGCUGCGAGAGCAUCCUGUCGUUCAGCGUUAGAACUCACAGUGAGGACGGACUGCUGCUUUACCUUGACGACGAAGGAUUCUGUGACUUCCUGGAACUAUUGUUGCUACGCGGGAAACUCCGCCUACGCUUCUCCAUCUUCUGUGCCGAGCCGGCUGAGGUGAGUUCCGGGGUCGCCGUGAGUGACGGACACUGGCAUGUGGUUCGUGUGAAACGGGAUUGGAGGAACACAAGCCUUGAGGUGGAUGGAAGGAUGGAGGGAUGGGCAGAGGUGAAGAGCAAACGGAGAGACAUGACAGUGUUUAGCCACACCUUUAUGGGCGGGGUUUCCCCAGAGCUCCACGCCUCCCCUCUCCGCCUCACUUCCCCUGGCGUCAGAGACCACGCCCCCUUUGCUGGCUGGCUCACUUCGGUGACCAUCAAUGGAUCGGCAGUUGUAAUGGAAGGAUCGGAGGGCGUUACCAUGGGGGGAGACGGGUGUGGGCCGGACCACGUGUGUCAGAAUGGAGGGGUGUGUUCUGUCGUCGAGCAGAAGAACGUUUGCGACUGUACCGACACCGGCUACAAAGGCAACGACUGCAGCGAAGAACACUACAACCCAGGUCUGGCUCACCUGAUGAUCGGCGACCAAGCCCGUGAGGACUACUUAGCAACAUUUAAGGGAUCAGAGUAUUUCUGCUAUGACCUGUCUCCCAGCCCCAUCCAGUCCUCCAGCGAUGAGAUCACCCUGAGCUUUAAGACCCUGCAGAGGAACGGCCUGAUGCUCCACACGGGAAAGUCGGCUGACUACGUCAACCUGGCCUUAAAGAACGGAGCCGUGUCACUGGUCAUCAACCUGGGGUCCGGGGCUUUCGAGGCCCUGGUGGAGCCAGUUAACGGGAAGUUUAACGAUAACGCAUGGCACGAUGUCAAGGUCACGCGCAACCUGAGACAGGUGACCAUCUCUGUGGACGGAAUUCUGACCACUACGGGCUACACCCAGGAAGACUACACCAUGUUGGGCUCAGACGAUUUCUUCUAUGUGGGAGGAAGUCCCAGUACUGCCGACCUCCCUGGAUCUCCUGUUAGCAACAACUUCAUGGGCUGCCUCAAAGAGGUGGUGUAUAAGAACAAUGAUGUACGGUUGGAGCUGUCUCGGCUGGCUAAGCAGGGAGAUGCUAAGAUGAAGGUGAGCGGUAUGGUGGCGUUUAAGUGUGAGAGUGUGGCGACCCUCGAUCCUGUGACCUUUGACACCCCAGAGUCGUUUGUGGCAUUAAGCAAGUGGAGCGCCAAGAAGGCGGGGUCAAUCUCCUUUGACUUCAGAACGACAGAACCCAACGGACUGAUGCUCUUCAGCCACGGGAAACCACGACAGCAGCAGCGCAAAGACCCCCGCACACCCCCCACCCUAAAGGUGGAUUUCUUUGCCAUCGAGAUGCUGGAUGGUCACCUGUAUUUGCUGCUGGACAUGGGCUCAGGAACCACCAAGACCAAGGCCAUCGACAGGAAGGUCAAUGACGGGGAGUGGUACCACGUCGACUUCCAGAGGGACGGGCGCUCAGGUACUAUCUCAGUGAACUCACAGCGUACAGCGUACACAGCUCCAGGGGACAGUGAGAUUCUAGACCUGGAUGAUACUCUGUACCUAGGAGGAUUACCAGAGGAUCGCCAAGGACUCAUCUUCCCUACUGAGGUGUGGACAGCUUUAUUGAACUACGGCUAUGUGGGCUGCGUGAGAGACCUGUUUGUGGACGGUCAGAGUAAGGACAUCCGUCGUCUGGCUGAGGUUCAGAGGGCUGUAGGGGUUAAGCCCUCUUGCUCCAGAGAGCCUCCUAAACAGUGUCUGUCUAACCCCUGCCAACACAGCGCCACCUGCAGGGAGGGCUGGAACAGAUACGUGUGUGACUGCUCUGGGACCGGAUACCUGGGACGGGCCUGUGAGAGAGAUGCGACCAUCCUGUCCUAUGAUGGUAGUAAGUUUAUGAAGGUCCAGUUGCCCGUAGCGAUGCACACCGAGGCGGAGGACGUGUCGCUACGGUUCCGCUCCCAGCGGGCCUAUGGUGUUCUCAUGGCAACAACAUCACGGAACUCAGCCGACACGCUCCGACUGGAGCUGGAUGGGGGCCGUGUCCGUCUCACUGUCAACCUAGACUGUAUCAGGAUUAACUGUACCGCCAGUAAGGGUCCAGAGACCAUCUUUGCGGGGGUGGGGCUGAAUGAUAAUGAGUGGCACACGGUCAGAGUGGUGCGUCGUGGGAAAAGCCUCAAACUCACCGUCGACGACCUGCAACCUGUAGAAGGUCAGAUGGCAGGCGACCACACCCAGCUGGAGUUCCACAACGUGGAGACAGGCAUUGUGACGGAGAAGCGCUUCAUGCCCGCUGUGCCCUCCAACUUCAUAGGGCAUCUGCAGGGCCUCACCCUCAACGGGAUGCCUUACAUAGACCUCUGUAAGAAUGGUGACAUCGACUAUUGCGAACUGAACGCUGUGAUUGGUUAUAAGAGCAUCGUGGCGGACCCGGUUACGUUCAGGUCACGGUCGAGCUACGUGACCCUGCCCACGCUCCAGGCCUACUACUCCAUGCACCUGUUCCUCCAGUUCAAAACCACCUCCCCUGACGGACUCGUACUCUACAACAGAGGAGACGGAAACGACUUCAUAGUGGUGGAGCUGGUCAAAGGCUACCUCCACUAUGUGUCCGACCUGGGGAAUGGGGCACACCUGAUCAAAGGGAACUCCAACUCUCCUCUGAAUGACAACCACUGGCACAAUGUGCUCAUAUCCAGAGACACCAACAACCUGCACACUGUUAAGAUAGAUACCAAGGUCACUACACAGACCACUAUGGGGGCCAAGAACCUGGAUCUCAAAGGUGACCUGUACGUAGGGGGGGUGGCUAAGGAGAUGUAUAGGGACCUUCCCAAGUUCGUCCACUCCCGGGAAGGCUUCCAGGGUUGCUUAGCAACCGUUGACCUUAAUGGCCGACUACCCGACCUGCUGGCCGAUGCUCUAGCUACCACCGGACAAGUGGAGAGGGGCUGUGAAGGUCCCAGUACUACCUGUCAGGAAGACUCUUGCUCCAAUCAGGGUGUGUGUUUGCAGCAGUGGGAGGGAUUUAGCUGUGAUUGCAGUAUGACAUCAUUCGGAGGACCGCUCUGCAAUGACGCGGGGACCACGUAUAUCUUUGGUCGUGAUGGGGGUGUGAUUGUGUACACCUGGCCUCCUAACGAGCGCCCCAGUACACGGGCUGACCGGCUCGCGCUGGGCUUCAGCACACAGCAGAAACACGCUACCCUGCUACGGGUCGACAGCGCCUCGGGACUGGGGGACUACCUACAGCUACAGAUAGAUAAAGGAAAUAUUAGGGUAGUGUUUAACGUGGGAACAGAUGACAUCAACAUUGAAGAGACUGCUAAAUCCGUUAAUGAUGGGAAGUACCACAUAGUUCGGUUUACCCGCAGCGGAGGCAACGCAACCCUGCAGCUGGACGACCUGCCAAUCAUAGAGCGUUACCCCUCAGGCAACAUUGAUAACGAGCGCCUGGCCAUCGCUAGACAGAGAAUCCCCUAUCGACUCGGUCGAGUAGUUGACGAUUGGCUAUUCGACAAAGGCCGCCAGCUGACCAUCUUCAACAGCCAGACGACGGUGACGGUGGGAAGAGGAAAGGAAGCAGGUCAGUUCCAGGGUCAGAUGGCCGGUCUCUACUACAACGGACUGAAGAUACUCAACAUGGCCGCCGAAGGACACGCCCACAUCCGCCUGGAGGGCAGCACGCGAUUGGUUGGGGACAUGCCCUCCUCCAUCACGCCCCAAUCCAGCGCUGCCGCCGGGGCAAACCGAUCAGACCCCGCUGCCAAUGCCGGCGACAUCACCACGACAACCGCCACAAACAGGAAGCAAGGAGGAGGAACUACGCAGCAGUCGACAGACGACCUGCUGGUGGCAUCAGCUGAGUGUCCCAGUGAUGACGAGGACAUUGACCCAUGUGACCCCAGCUCUGCAGCCCACCCCCCUCUCCCGGAGGUCAAGCCGUUCCCAGGGACAUCAGAGGGAGUGAGGGAGUCCAGCAGCACCACCGGCAUGGUGGUGGGCAUCGUGGCAGCCGCCGCCCUCUGCAUCCUCAUCCUGCUCUACGCCAUGUACAAGUACCGCAACCGCGACGAGGGCUCGUACCACGUGGACGAGAGCCGCAACUACAUCAGUAACUCUGCCACCCAGCCUAACGGCAGCACCAAGGACAAGCCGCUGGGCAUCGCCAAGAUCUCCAAGAACAAGAAGAACAAAGACAAGGAGUACUACGUGUGAGGAUUGGAGGGACACACUUAUGACAUUCACAUAUACACAUAUACACAUCUACACUUAUACAGACAUAUGCACACAUACAGGAGGACAUGCCCUGAGACGCACACACACACACACACACACACACACACACACACAUAAAAGAAAACACACAGAGACAUAGAGACUGCCAUGAGGGCAGAGACCCAUCCUGUACAGUAAUAAUAACCACUAACCACAUCCUCUCUGUGUGAGGCCUGUGUUCGACCAGAAUAACCGUAAUGACAAGCAGAGUAAUCACCAGGUAGACUCCUGGUACAGGACCAGUAAAGAGCUGUUUUUUUUCAAGGACUAGCCCCUGUCUCUCCCUGCUAUAAACUGUCCUGUAGACUCAGAGAGGAGGGGGCAGGGGGCAGACUGGGAAAGAACACCAAAAGAAAACACUAGUGUUCUGUCGUACGGAGUCAAAAUCAGUAUAUCCAGAUUAACACCCUGAUAAACUCCCAGUUUCAAUUUUGUGUAAGGCUGGUGUUGUCCAAUGGGGGAACACCAGAUUACCUGAACCCUGCCCCUAACCCUAGCCCACCAGUCAGCAGAAUGGACGUUACCACGCCAAUAAGACCGGAAGAGUCACACCCACCAGGGUUGCCAUGGUGGCUCUGUUUGCCCGACUCGCUGGGGAGGGACGGAGUAGGGUGUGUACGUGGAAAAGGGAGCUGUGUGUGUUUGAAAUGUUGUCGGGACAUUUAUUUUCAAACGUUAUACAACGUACGUUACAAUGUUGUAUCAACCCAUCCAGACUAUGAAAACGAGAGACUUUGACUCUGGAGAGGAGACCAGAGACACCAGAACUACCUACCUACCUACCUACCUACCUACACAACACACAACACACACACUCACACCUCCUACAACACCACAAGAGCUUCAUUACCAGAGCUUCAUCCCUGACCGGUGGCAACGAUAUCUGCGAUAAUGAUGAUAUUAUUAUGAUAAUGCUGAAGUCGAUGAUGAAGAAAAAGAAGAAUGAGGAUGAACAUGUGGGCAGUUUAGACUCUUUGGGGAAAUUGUUGCACGUUGAAUUAUCUUACUCCAUGUGUUUCUAACAGAGCAGAGACUACAGGGGUUACUCCUAAACCCAGUACAGCCAUAACCUACCACCUGGCUCACCGAAGCCUACCACAUGAUCCACCACCUGGGCUUAUAAUAACCUACCACCUGGCUCACCGAAGCCUACCACAUGAUCCACCACCUGGGCUUAUAAUAACCUACCACCUGGCUCACCGAAGCCUACCACAUGAUCCACCACCCGAGGGCCAAUUAUUACAGGGCUUAAUAGUGACAGACAGACAACACAACAGGAUAAGCUAACUUCAGAACUAACAUUAUAUAGCAAUCAUCAAUAAGAAGACAGGACAAAUGCUGUACACACAACAACGUUCCAUCCCUUCCAACACACAGCAGAGUGUGACCAGGCUCCAGGGUCUCUGAGAGCCAGGUUGGUGUGUUUGUUUUGGGUUGUGGUUUAGUGAGUAACCCUGGUGUAAAGGCUGGGUAUGUCCUCCUGCCACAGGCCUAGCCCCGUUUUAAAGCCUGUCCUAUAGACAACUAUACGUGCUCUGAUGAACGUUUUAUAUUACAAAAAAAAAAUGUCUGUAAAAUAAUCAAAAACAGAAUACUAAGUGUUAUCAUGUGUUUCUAUAAUGAUAGAGCUGUUCAUGAUGCCAUUGGCUAAUAGAAUUUGAGUUGCUUUACUUUCAUUGGCCCUCCCUCUCCGAGCAUCCUGUGUGUUCACAUUGGUUGAUUGUCCCUCUCGUUGUCCAUGUGAUCAAUUCCAGCCAGCCAGGAGUAGGGGGGGUGGGGGCGGGCUCUGUGGAGAAGGUUAAAGGUGUGACUAUGAUGUCAUUCAGUGCAUGUAAGACUGUGUAGGUCUCAAAUGGCAGAUGUUUAAAGUAGUGCACUAUUAGUGCUAACCCUAAAACUACAUGGCUCUGAUCAAAAGUAGUGCACAGGAAAUAGGGUGCCAUUUGAGACACAAACCUACUGUAAGAACAGAGUAGAUAGAACAUCACUGUCCAGAACAGGCAGUAGUCUCCAUUGUGACUAAUCUGGACAUUGUAUUUCUAGCUUUUGUCGGCAAACACGCUCCCCCGGGUCAUCCAAGCAAUAUUGCCAACCAAUCACAUGCAUGGGAAUCAGACUGGGGGCAGGACAUAAAGCAUUAAAGACAUAGUAGUAAUAAAACCUAAAAAUUUGACAGAAAAAUGUAACUAAUUGAUUCCUUCUCUUUAUCUAUCCCUUUAUCCCUAUUUCUCUCUGUUCUUCUCUCCCUCUCGUCGACGCCUCUCUUCCUCUCUCUUUCUUUCUCCUUUUCUCCUCUCUGUUUCUAUCUGAAGUGAAGGAGGAGCAUUGAACUGUGGUGUUCUUCAUCUAAGUGUUCAUUUAGCCUUUUGAUUUUAUAUAUAUACAAUUUUUCUACAGUAUUUUACUUUUAUUUUUAUUGUUACAGUUCUUUGAAGAACAUAAAGUGGAACUUUAUUAUGAAAAAUAGUUUUGAAGAUCAAACGAGUCAAUAAAAUAUUACCCAAGUGAAGUUACCUUAACUUUGAUUAUAUUCUCUUCUAUUCAAAAAUAUGACAUAAGUGAAGUUAUUUAGCAAAUUUCCUACACAACAAUAUUGUCACGCCCUGACCAUAGAUAUCCCUUGGUUCUCUAUGGUGAAGUAGGUCAGGGUGUGACUAGGGGGUGUUCUAGUAUGUCUAUUUCUAUCUUGUUGCUAAUAUGGUUCCCAAUUAGACGCAGCUGUUUAUCGUUGCCUCUGAUUGGUGACCAUAUUUAGGUAGCCAUUUCCCCACCUGUGUUUUGUGGGAUAUUGUUUGUGUUUAGUUGCCUGUGUGCACGUCAUGGCUUCACGUUUCGUUAUUUAUUUGUUUGUUUGUUUGUUUGUUUGUUUGUUUGUUUGUUUGACAGAGGUUAAAAAGAUGUGGACCUAUACUCACGCUGCGCCUUGUUCCGCUCAUUACGACGAUCGUGACAAAUAUUCCUUUAUCCUCCCUCUAUCCCAUUCUCUCUCCCUCUUUUUGGUUUCAGGUAAAAACCCUUUACGCGGAGGGUUCUACAUGGAACCCAAAAUAGUACUACCUGGAACCAAAAAGGGUUAGGGUUACUACCUAAUAACCAUUUUUAUGAGUGUUGUGUUAGAGAACAUUAUGUCCACAUUGUUUCCCUCAGACACACACAUACAAGCAGGCUAAACACACUCCCUGGUCGCAGUAGAUAUCCACAACAUCCUCUGGAUUUAGGGGAAUGGGGCAAAAGGUAACGAUCCAGGGGAUUGGUGGAUAAGUGAACAGUUUAUCAACCCCAUCUCCCAAGGUCUAUGUCACACACAGACACACACCACUACAGGAAGAAACCGCAGCCUCUUUCAAUCUCUUGUCUCUCUUUAACACUCUUUCUCGCACACUGUCUCUCUCGCUCUCAAACUCACACCACACACACUGCUGACCGGAGAGAGACGGAGAAAGGAAUGGAGGGAUGAGUAUCUGGAUAGAGGAGUGAGGGCAAUGCUGAAGCACCUGUGUGCGUUUUUUUUUCAAAGAGGACAUGGUGUUCCUUUUGAUGCUAUCGCUACCCUUUUUUCAUUAUUUAUUGACUUGGUGGAGGAGAUGUGUUGCUGAUUGAACAUGGAGAUCAGGGCAGGGACAUGACGGGUUCAUAGUUACCACACUGUAGUGACUGUUGGUUAGUUACUGUGUUGUACUUUAUAAUAUUUUCCACAUUGUGUUAUGCUACAGCCUUGUUCUAAAAUGGAUUACAUGUAUUUGUUUCCUCAUCAAUCUACACACAAUAGCCCGUAAUAAUAACAAAUCAAAAACAAGUUCAGAAAUGUUACAUCUGUAUUGCUCUUUGGGGGUUUUAGACUGGGUUUCUGUAUAAACACUUUGUGACAUCUGCUGCUGUAAAAGGGGCUUCAUAAAUACAUUUGGUUGAUUGAUUUAUUUCCCCUGUCUAUCAAGAAUGGUCCAACCCCAAAGGACAUCCAGCCAACUUGAGUCAA